CAGGUGAACGGCAGCCAAGACAGGUUGGCAACACACACCAAAGCGGAAAAUAUAAAUACAACAGCAACUGAAGAGUCGUCAUAAUGAAAAGAGCCAAACGCUGGCUGUUCAUGACAGCGACAGUGCUGUUAUUGGGUCUGCUUAGCUCUGCGGAUGCUGCGCUGCCCUUCAAAAAGGUGUCCAUUGCCAAAACUCCCGCCUCUACAACCAGCACAAGCACAACGACCACCGAAGCCCCGGAGCCUGCUACAGAAAAGGAAGAACUGCCCACUGCAGAGGGAGACGAGAGCAAGUCAGACAAUGGCACGGUCUCAAAGAGCUCCAAACUGACGGGCAUACCGCAAAUAGACUAUGUCUGGGACCCUAACUUGCCGAGGGAGCUGAGAGGCUACAAUCUCUCGACGUAUCCUUUCUUGUCUACUGUUCCACCCAUGGAUGAGAUACAUUUUAAGUGCGAGGGUCUACACGAUGGUUUCUAUGCCUCCAUUGAGUACAAAUGUCAGAUCUAUCAUCAUUGUGUCUAUGGCAUACGGCACGAUUUCCUCUGCGCCAAUUUCACGGCCUUCGAUCAGCGCACCUUCAUUUGUCACUUUGCCUCCGACGUGGACUGCGAGGGCUCCCAAAAGUAUUGGAACAGAAAUGAUGAGCUCUAUAUGGCCACCACCACGUCUUCGACGAGUACGACGACAACGGAACCACCACCACCGCCGCCACCGCCCAGACGUCGAGGCCAACGUCCCUAUCAUCGGCCCUACAAUCGCCGUCCCGUGGAUGAUUACUAUUAUGACGAGGCCGACGAUGAGUACUAUGAGGAGCGCUAUAGUCGUCGCAAUCCCCGACCACGUCCACGCAAGCCACAGCUGGAUUACGAUGAUGAGUACGACGACAAGAAGCCUCUGCGACACAAUCGCAAUCGCUACAGGGAUGAAGAAGACCUAACAGACGAGGAUUACGAUGAUCGUCGAAAUAGACCUGGCGGACGUCGCGCCAAGCCUCAAGCGGGCGCAGGUGGGCGUGGUAAGGCAGUGCCACGCAAGCCAGGACGCGUCGAGGAGCGUCGCAGCUUCAAUGAGGAUCGCGACGUAGAGGAACCACGACGUGCGUCUGGCAGACGCCGCAGCAGCGAGAAGCGCACCACACCCUCAACCGCAGCUGUAUUAGAUGAGCUUGAUGAGUACGAAAAGCCCUAUGAACUGGAUCAGGAGGAGGCAGCCGAAGAGCAAACUCCACAGAAAGUAAAAACUACACCCAAACCAUUGUCUGAAUUCGUCACGCCCAAAGCAGCGGCCGCCUCUGUCUACGCACGUCCACGUGCACCACCCCGCAUAGCCCGUCCCGUACCCGUCAACGAGAAGAAGAAGUACUCCUAUCCUGUGCAGAAGAACACGGCGACCACUCCAGCUUCAGGUGCUAACGAGCAGGACGAUGAUGAUUACUACCAAGAUCGCGAGCAGCACGAGGAUGACUAUGAACAGCCCACACAGCCAGCACGUGGUGCAUCCCGCCGACGCACUGCAGCGCCAAAAGAACACAAGCCUACGCGCUCCACACUGCGCAAACCUGUUACAGACAAGAAGGUACUGCUGGAUGAGGAAGAGGAUUACGAAGUGGAGCAACGGGAGACGCCACGACGAAAGCGCCCGCAGGCCAACAGAGCGCGGGCCCCAGCUGUCGAUGUGGACUUCGUGGAUGACGUGGAUUACGAGGAGCGACCAGCACCUGUACGAGGUCAACGCGUGCGUCCCAAGGCAGCUGCACCACGUAAGCCCGUCGCCCGUCCACGGCAGCCCAUUGUCCAAGAAGAUGAAGAGGAGCAGCCGGAGCCCGUUAGUGAAGAGCAACCAGAACAGCCACGUAUUCCUCCAGCGCGCACGAAGUCUAACUCGUUGGCAAGUCUAACUCCGGCGCGACGCAAUCAAAAACUGGCACUGGCCACUCGACAACGUGCACUGCCCACUUCCAAGACAACAGCAGCACCUGCCCUGGAAGAGGAGCCAGCCGAUGAGGAACCAUUGCAGGCGGCCCAUGAUGAACCUGACGAGCCGCUGGCGCCCGCAGCACCAGCAAAACAACUGCGACCCGCUUCGGUACGUGUGGUCAAGCGACCCUUCCUGCCGUCGCGUGGCGGCAGCCCCUAUUUGCCGCGUGGCUUGCAGCCGGUGGGUGUGGCAGUGCGGACUGCCCAGCUAACCAGCGAAGCGCGCACCACAGACAGCACGCCCAUUGACAUGGGUUCCACCAUAUCGGGCGUGCGCCUGCUGGAGCAUGGAGCUCCACUGCUGCGCGGCGAAGAUCCGGACAGCGAUAGUGAUGAGCUGCCGGCGCCGUCGCCCAACCCACCGCGCACCACAUUGCCGCCACGCAGUGCAUUGCCCACACCGGUAACGCCGCGUCGACCAGAGCCACCACAGCCGGUUAAGCUCAAUCUGGACGAACUCUAUGAGAACGACUACGAUGUGACGCUGAACGAUGCGCUCGAUCCCACGCUUAAACCGCUUACGCCACUGCAUCCACAUCAACAGCAUCAACAUGCCAACUAUCAGAGCCGGCCCUAUACCAAUAUACGCCGGCGAGCGAUUGUCCCGGCGCAGAUCGCGCGUUCACAUAGACACGAAUACGCUGCCCGAGGAGCAGUGAACAGUGGCACCCAAACGGGCACACGACUUGCCCAGCAUUACUACGAUGAGUUUGCAUAUUAGAGUCGCGGUUACAAGUCUGUGAAAAAUCAAGUUUCUUCAGCUGUAUAUAACUUUCAACAACUAGAAGGCGUAUCAGUUGCCUAGGCAACUGCUUUUCUACACUAUCUUCU